AUGAUGGCAACACAGCAGAAACUACUGGUCGAUCUCCAGCAGAGGAUGUCGACGCCAGCGGUUACUCAGCAAGAAUCACAGUUCGACCGAAUGGCAAGAAGAAUCGACAGGUUUUCAUACGACCCAGACCAAGACGACUGCUUCACUUUGUGGUAUAAUCGACACAAGGAUAUAUUCGACAUCGAUUGCGAAGGAAUGGAGGAGAAAGCGGAAACGCGAUUGCUCGUUUCCGCCUUGGAUGCCGAGGGUCAUACUAGAUUUUCUCGGCUCAUUCUUCCAAAAGAGCCUAGUGAGCUAAACUGGCCAGAAACGCUCGAAGCUCUGAAAACACUUUUUGGAACCAAGAAAAGUUUCUUUCGCCGCCGUUCCGAAUGUUUCCGAAUGAACUUUUCACCUAAUGAAGACAUCGACAACUUCGUCAGUUCGCUGAAAGCCCGCGCCUUAGAGGCCAAUUUCAAGGGCAUCAGACAUGAAACCUUAGAAUGUCUCGCUCUAGUGUUUGCUUUCCAAGCACCGGAACUGGCCAAUUACCGGGUUCGUUUUCUGCGCAGAUUAGAUGAAGAUAAAAAGAUCACCAUUGACGACUUAGCUAAGGAAUAUCACGCCUGGAAGUCCGUCAAGGAUGAUUCCAAAAUAGUCGAAGUUUUCAAUGCGCCUGAAGGGAGCCAACCGUUUGCCACUACGAAUCUACGGAAAAUUCGAUGCUGCUUUCGUGGUCUUUGA